GCUCGCCUUCGUUUCGACGCACUCCUGUUUUGAACGUCAGUCGAUACGCGCGUACUAUACAAACUAAUUUUUUUUUUUCGUGAGAUUCAGCCGUGAUGGAGAAGGAGCACCAGCCGGAUUCAAUGGCGACGAUCACCAUGAAGCCGGAAUAUCCACCCUCGGAAGUGUACAGCGCUUCUGAACCACCACCGGCGUAUCGCCAAAGGGUGUCAUCAUCGGUACAAAUAGCCAGGAUCGCGGCGGUGACGAUAAUCGCGUCGUCCUUCAUUCUUGGCUCGUUCAUCUUAGCUUCGAGCUGGGUGGCCGCGCGCGCCUCCUGCCACCAGCUUGAGCAGCUGGACGCCAUGCUGGAUAAGGAACUGGCGCUGGAAGGAAGAAGCUACGGGAAUGAUGGACUCGUUGCGGAUGAGCCGUUACCGAUAGCGAAUGCGCACGCGCUGCACGCAGACCCGCCGCAGGCUUCCAGCCUGCAUUCGAGCUCGCAGCCUGCGCCGGCACCGCAAUCUGACAGUCAUAUCAAGGAAGACCCCUUGAAUCAUGCCGAGUCGAAGAUCGACGAAGACAAAUUACAGAAAAUCGACGAUGACAACGUUAAACAUGACGGAGUGAACUCCAGUAGCGACGAAAGCUCCGAGUCCGACGGCUCCGAAGAGGAGGACGAGCUGGACGCCAUCAGGCCCAUGUUCAAGCUGCCCAUACAGUUCGACCUUGACGAACUCGCGGGAGCCUUCCUCGCCAACAACCAAAAGGGCCGUAUGAACUGUGUAGUAGAGAGGCGUCAAGAGGAGCCUUUGGAGAGACGGUUCCCCUUCAACAUCCUGGGCGCGUUCGCUCCCCGCAGCGCACACUCGGAACGCGUCGCUAUCAUCUGCCACGGAGGAGAUGAACCGAGACAAAUGGCUGUGUUCCCUGAGCCGCAAUCCCAAGUGUUCGCGUUCCCGCUGGCCGGCCCCGUGAGGCUUCCGAUCAGACCGCAGCCUCAGCCGCAACCGCAGCCCCAACCUCAACCGCAGCCGCAGCCCGAGCGCGUGUCCAUGCCGGCACCGGAGCCCCGCAUGUCACCCUUCCCGCCCAUGGGACACCGCCCCUCGCCUUACCCACUACCGCAGAUGCCGUGGGAGAACUCCGAGGAGCAGAUGAAUAUUCCCCGGGAGAUGCGUAUCCACGUCCAGCGCGUAUUCGCCAUCCCGGCCCCUCACAACAUGCCGCCGCCACCCCAGGACACCAUGGGACCCUUCGCGCCUCCGCCGCCGCCGCAGCCCCGCGAACAGAACGAGCAACCAGCUGUUCUCCACCAAUUCGUACCCCAGCCCGCACCUACGCAGGAAUUGGAGCAGCCUGAACAGAAGAUGCAGAUGGAGAACGCGGGAGGUCCGGUGCAGAUGAGCCUGCCGUGGGAGCUGACACCCGAGGAUUUGCACAUCAUCCACCGCACCGCGCAAGACGCCGUCGCCCAGCGCCGCGACCAGCAGAUGGACAGCGAUAUGCAGGAGGUUAAGACGAUAGUGAACACAUUGGCGGCAGCGGCGGCCGAGGCGGAGGCGGAGGCGGAGGUGCAUGCGCAGGCGGAGGCGGAGGCGGACCGGCGCCGGGCGGAGGCAAACAGGCGUCAGGCGGAGGAGCAGCGCCAAGUGCCACAGGAUGCCGUGCAGCUGUCGCGCGAACCCCGCACGCUUCUGCUGCAACAAGACGUCGACGAAAGGCCACAUUACAUGCAACCACGCUCUGUGCGCAGCGUAGACGCGUUGCUCCACCGCGAGAAGCGCGUGAAGCGCUGCGCGUGCAACUGCGCCUGAAGCACGUGAAACACUGCGCUGCGCUGCGCUGCGUGAGGCGCCAGCCCCGACCACGUCGGAACCUCCAUUCUCCGUCCAUCUAUCAUAUCUAUAUUAACAUAGUAGACUUCUGUCAUAGUUUAACGCGGUUCAUGGAUAUUUUAUUGUAAAUAAUUCUUUAACCGUACGACCGAUGGUUUUUGAUUAAAUGGGAAUAAGCACAUUGCCGGCUCUUCUUAAUAUUCCUUUUUAAUAAAUGACGAAUAAUUUUAAAUAUAUACUUGCAUUAUUUUAUACAUAAAGUGUUACUUUUAAAUUUAUACUAAAAUGCAAUGAAUAGAUUUAAUUGUAUCUAUAAUAACACUAAAGUAUUUGAUUUUUUUUCUAAAGUAAAUGAAAAUUGUUAAGAGAAGGGUUUUUAAUUUCGAUAGCUUAAUUAGUAAGCAUCUGAGACCUCUUAAAUUGUCCAAAUUUAUUGGUAGCAAUUACGCUUGCGAGUAGUUAACAUCAAUUAGGUUGAAAUGAAAGAUAUAACCUAAACUCGUGAUCCUAAAUUAAAAGAAUUAGUUUUAAUAUUUGUCUAGUUUUAAUUGUUUUCCCCUAUAAUUGUUCUGUCAUUUUAUUGCUUUGUCUAAAUAAAAUUACUCCUUCGCCUUCUUCCCUUCA